ACCUCAUUUCACUGAUCUGGCAGCCCACGUGUGAUAGGCAGCCCUGGCACACAAUUUGCAAAAAAAGAAGAAACAGCGUCAACCAAAAAAAAAACUAACAAGAGAACCAUUUUAAUGUGCGUGAAAUAAAGAGGCAAUCGAGUCGAAAGCGAUCAAAGGCACAGCCAGCACUCAGCAAACAGAAUGGAAGCUCUUAUUCCAGUUAUCAACAAGUUGCAAGAUGUCUUCAAUACAGUCGGCUCUGACUCAAUACAAUUGCCGCAAAUUGUUGUACUUGGUAGUCAGAGCUCCGGCAAGAGUUCGGUUAUCGAGAGCGUGGUGGGACGCUCGUUCCUGCCUCGCGGAACGGGCAUCGUCACCCGCCGGCCCCUAGUGCUGCAGUUGAUCUACUGCCCCCUGGACGAUCGCGAGAAUCGUUCGGCGGAGAAUGGCACCUCCAAUGCCGAGGAGUGGGGCCGCUUUCUUCACACGAAAAAGUGCUUCACGGACUUCGAUGAGAUACGGCGCGAGAUCGAGAACGAGACGGAGCGGGCGGCGGGCAGCAACAAGGGCAUCUGCCCAGAGCCCAUCAACCUGAAGAUCUUCUCCACGCGGGUGGUCAACCUGACGCUGGUGGACCUGCCUGGCAUCACCAAGGUGCCAGUGGGCGAUCAGCCGGAUGAUAUCGAGGCGCAGAUCAAAGACUUGGUCCUCAAGUACAUUGAGAACCCCAACUCCAUUAUUUUGGCUGUGACGGCAGCCAACACGGACAUGGCCACCAGCGAGGCCCUGAAGCUGGGCAAAGACGUGGACCCCGACGGCCGACGCACCCUGGCCGUGGUCACCAAGCUGGAUCUGAUGGACGCCGGCACCGAUGCCAUUGACAUACUCUGUGGCCGUGUGAUUCCCGUCAAGCUGGGCAUCAUUGGCGUGAUGAAUCGCUCGCAGAAAGACAUCAAUGACCAGAAACACAUCGACGAGCAGAUGAAGGACGAGGCAGCCUUCCUGCAAAGGAAGUACCCGACUCUGGCCACCCGCAAUGGCACUCCGUAUCUGGCCAAGACACUGAACCGAUUGCUGAUGCACCACAUCCGAGACUGCCUGCCCGAUCUGAAGACACGCGUCAACAUCAUGUCCACUCAAUUCCAAUCGCUGCUUAACUCCUACGGCGAGGAUGUGUCUGAUAAGAGCCAGACCCUGCUGCAGAUAAUCACGAAGUUUGCCAGCGCCUACAACGCCACCAUCGAGGGCACGGCGCGCAACAUUGAGACCACCGAGCUGUGCGGUGGUGCUCGGAUCUGCUACAUUUUCCACGAAACCUUCGGCCGUACCCUGGACUCCAUACACCCGCUGGCGGGUUUGAGCAAAAUGGACAUACUCACGGCCAUACGCAACGCAACAGGGCCCCGACCAGCUCUGUUCGUGCCGGAAGUCUCGUUCGAGCUGCUGGUGAAGCGGCAGAUCCGCCGCCUGGAGGAGCCUUCGCUGCGCUGCGUCGAGCUGAUACACGAGGAGAUGCAGCGCAUUGUGCAGCACUGCGGCAACGAAGUGCAGCAGGAGAUGAUGCGCUUCCCCAAGCUGCACGAGAAGAUUGUGGAUGUGGUCACGCAGCUGCUGCGUCGCCGUCUGCCAGCCACCAAUGUGAUGGUGGAGAACAUUGUGGCCAUCGAGCUGGCGUACAUCAACACCAAGCACCCAGAUUUCCACAAGGAUGCCGCCCUGGUGCCGAGUCUGCUCAAGACAGACAACGAUCCCUACUCGCAGAUGAACAUGGGACAGCGUCGCGCGAAUACUCCGCGCAAUCACCCCUCUCCACAGGUCUCGUCGCACAGCACAGGCUCGCAGCAACAGCAGCAGCAACAGCAACAGCAGCAGCAGCAGCAAAAUAAUCAACAGCAGCAGCAGCAUGACGGCCCUGAGCAGAACCACGUUGGCGAGAACUCGGUCCAUUCGAUGGCCAGCACUUGGCUGUCCAACAUCUUACCGCCGGGCCCGACGCGUCCGGACAGCAUUGAAAACUCGGCCAGCAACACGCCAGUGCACAACAACCUGGUGAGCCCAGUGAAGCCGGUUAACCUGCUGCCCGAUGUGCCGGCCAACCACAAUCCCCGUCGUCUGACCGACAAGGAGCAGAAGGAUUGCGAUGUCAUUGAGCGUCUGAUCAAAUCGUAUUUCUACAUUGUGCGCAAAUCCAUUCAGGACUCUGUACCGAAGGCCAUUAUGCAUUUCCUGGUUAACCACGUCAAGGACAACUUGCAGAGCGAGCUGGUCACACAUCUGUACAAGUCGGACCGGGCUGAAACGCUGCUCAACGAGUCCGAUCACAUUGCAGUGCGCCGAAAAGAGGCAGCGGACAUGUUGAAGGCUCUGACCAGGGCAAAUCACAUCAUCAGCGAGAUACGCGAGACCCACAUGUGGUAGACCACCGGAGUGGACACUGAUGCGGGCGAAAAUCUGGAGCCUGCUUCGACUUAAUAACCCACAAACAAUACAUACAUAUAUGCAGCAUACGAACUAUUUAUUGAAGACAACGUUUGAAGAGAACUCCUUCCUCCUUUGUUGAAUGUUUACCCCCAGGCACUUAAAAAUCAUCAAAUUGCAUGCAGACCCACCAUUGCUGUAGGCCUUUCAUUUCUUAUUCGAGCAUUUUGAGUCGUCACAGAAGAUCCGCGUCUGCCGAUGUGGCGACUCCACUCUGUCCCCGCUUCAGAGCAGUGGCCGUCAAUGUAGAAACCACGACUGGUUUGUUUAGGUUACUCAAAGCACUUAUUACAUUUUGAAUAGUCUAAUAAAAGAAGAAAAGGUUGAUUCAAACUA